AGAUACUAUUCAAAUGUCAGCUUUUUCUGGAAGAUACAUAAUAUGGAGAUCAACUUUCUAAAAGAUCAAAUUGUCAAAGAGAUUGAGUGUGUAACAGAAAAUGUAUCACUGAAGAACUCCCUGAGACGAUUCUAUUUCAUUUCAAGAUUUCAUUAGAUCAAUCUGUUCAUUUCCAACUAAUUUGGCUACGACUUGUUGAUCAUCAGAGGAUGUAAGAUCGAAAAUUUCGUAUAACUUACGCCAAUUCGUUCUAUUAAAUACAGAGAAAGAAAAAGAGAUGGAUCAUAAUGUUGAUAUAGAAUACGAAGGAGGUGGAAAGAUGUCGAGAAACGGAUCGGCUUCUGAUGAAAGAGGGAUGAACAGACAACCGCUUCUUUCGAAGAACAGGGUGAAUACGUCAUCGCAGAUUGCCAUUGUUGGUUCAAACAUUUGUCCAAUCGAAUCUCUAGAUUACGAGAUUCUUGAAAACGAUCUUUUUAAGCAGGAUUGGAGGUCAAGGAAGAAGGUGGAGAUAUUUCAGUAUGUUGUUCUAAAAUGGACACUUGCACUUCUUAUAGGAGUGCUUACAGGGCUUGUUGCCUUUUUCAAUAACCUUGGAGUAGAAAACAUUGCUGGUUUCAAGUUUCUUCUCACUAGCAAGUUUAUGCUCCAACAUAGAUAUUAUGAGGCAUUUGCUGUAUUUGCUGGAAUUAAUCUAUUUCUUGCUGUUCUUGCUGGACUUCUAUGUGCUUAUAUUGCCCCUGCAGCAGCAGGGUCUGGUAUACCUGAAGUUAAAGCUUAUCUUAAUGGAAUAGAUUCUCAUUCUAUUUUGGCUCCAAGUACACUCUUCGUAAAGAUAUUUGGAUCCAUACUUGGUGUUGCUGCUGGAUUUGUUGUGGGGAAAGAAGGACCUAUGGUACACACGGGUGCUUGCAUAGCCAACUUACUUGGACAAGGAGGCUCUCGCAAAUACCAUCUCACGUGGAAAUGGCUUAGAUACUUUAAAAAUGAUCGUGACCGUAGGGAUUUAAUCACCUGUGGCUCAGCCGCAGGUGUAGCCGCCGCUUUCCGGGCCCCAGUUGGUGGGGUCCUCUUUGCCCUUGAAGAAGCAGCCUCAUGGUGGCGGAGUGCUCUUUUAUGGAGAACAUUUUUUACAACCGCUGUAGUGGCUGUGGUGUUGAGAUCUCUUAUUGGAUUUUGUAGAAGUGGAAAGUGUGGACUAUUUGGGGAAGGUGGUCUCAUCAUGUUUGAUAUCAAUGGUACAAUACCGGAUUACAACAUGGUGGAUCUUGUAGCUGUUAUACUAAUUGGAGUUAUCGGAGGAAUCUUGGGAAGUUUAUAUAAUUAUUUUGUUGACAAGGUCGUGCGUACUUAUAGCUACAUCAAUGGGAAAGGUCCUAUGAUUAGGGUGUUUUUGGUGGGUUUGAUUUCACUUUUAACCUCUUGUUGUGCUUAUGGCCUUCCAUGGUUCACAAACUGUGUCCCAUGCCCGGUUGGGUUAAGUGUCGAAUGCCCUACAGUCGGUCGCUCCGGUAGCUACAAAUUCUUUCAAUGUCAACCCGGUCACUACAACGAUCUUGCUUCCCUUCUACUCAACACAAACGAUGACGCCAUCCGCAGUCUAUUCGGUUCCACCAACGCAAACGAAUUCCGUAUCUCUACGCUCGCAAUAUUUUUCCUCGCCAUGUACAUCCUCGGAAUCAUAACCUACGGAAUCGCGAUUCCCUCCGGUCUCUUCAUUCCGGUCAUCCUCGCCGGAUCAUCCUACGGCCGCCUCGUCGGAACCCUACUCGUUUCCAUCUCAAAUCUCGACGUCGGCCUCUUCGCCCUCCUCGGUGCCGCCUCGUUCCUUGGCGGCACUAUGCGAAUGACCGUAUCCCUAUGCGUUAUACUGCUCGAACUCACAAACAAUCUCUUAAUGCUACCAUUAAUGAUGCUCGUUCUUCUCAUUUCAAAAUCGGUUGCGGAUAAUUUCAAUAAAGGCGUUUACGACCAAAUCGUAAGAAUGAAAGGGUUACCGUUUCUUGAAGCGCAUGCGGAACCGUAUAUGCGACAUUUGGUUGCGGGUGAUGUUGUUUCCGGACCUUUGAUUACGUUUGCCGGUGUUGAAAAAGUUAGUAAUAUUGUACAUUCGCUAAGGUUGACGUCACAUAAUGGUUUUCCGGUGAUUGAUGAGCCGCCUUUCUUGGAAGCUCCGGAAUUGUGUGGGGUUGUUUUGAGGUCUCAUUUGAUUGUUUUGCUCAAGGGAAAGAUGUUCACGAAACAAAGACGUUUGACCGGAACCGAAACGUUACAAAGAUACCAUGCGUUUGAUUUUGCAAAAGCGGGGUUAGGAAAAGGGCCUAAGAUGGAAGAUUUGGAUAUUACACCGGAAGAGAUGGAGAUGUAUGUUGACCUUCAUCCGAUUACCAAUACGUCACCGUAUACUGUCGUGGAAACAAUGUCUUUGGCAAAAGCUGCGGUUGCUUUUAGGGAACUCGGACUUAGGCACUUGUGUGUAGUGCCAAAGACUCCUGGGAGGCCACCAGUUGUUGGUAUCUUGACACGUCAUGAUUUCAUGCCACAACACAUUUUGGGACUCUACCCGGGGAUUGACAAGCGGCAUUGACGUACAGAAAUAGAGAUAGAGAAGACAAUAAUACAGCAUGACCAGUUAUACAGAUAUCGCAAGGUAAAAUGAUAUCAUUUUAGUGAGCGAGGAACGAUGAAUGACAGUGAUUUAGGUUAUGCAUAGUAUUUAUUUGUUAUCUAAUUGGAUUGAUGGGUAUAUUUUGAUUGUGAAAGUGCAAUCAACAUACAUGGGUUUGUUUUUCUGUUUAGUUUCAAAUGUUUUUGAGGUAAAAGUGUAAAAGUUAAUAAUAGAAAAUGGAAAGAAU